AUGAGUGGCGGCUACUACAAGUACCACUGCAAGUACUGGUGGAGUCUCAACUGCGAAAAUUGGGUCUACGUGAACGGUUCCCCUUGUGCAAGAUGCUGUGCUGAAGGUCGCGAAAACGAGCAGUCACCGAUGGCGCUCGACUUGUGGCGGCUGUCAAGGGACAUAUGUGCGCCUCGGAUGCAUGGUGGAGCAAUCAACUACACUCUGAUGGAAAUCGUCCACCAUGGCGAGGCGUCGAACGACCGGGUUCUCUGCCGCAAAGCGCUCCCACAAACAGCCGGACAGCACAUAGGCGUAGAAGUGGUCAGGACCAUGCCAGACGUCCCGACACCAAAGACGAGAAUCUGA